UGAUGGUAGCAGCACCGUCGAGGAGAGUGACGCCGUUCACCAGCUUACAUUCUUCGGUCGUCUACGGUCGAAGGAACUACGUGGUCUUCGUUACGUUCGUUUACGAUCGACGCGCAUCUGUAAGCCCUGCUGUCGUUUUCGGUACGUACGUGAAAAUCAGUGCGAUCAGGAUGUGGCGUGAACCUCCAGGAGGGGGGUGUAAAGCACCUACCUACAUCUUUACUAUGAUUUUACUGGCUAUACUGGCAUUGACUCAUGUUACUAACGCUGAGGAUGAAUCUAUGGGACCCGUUUUCGUUAAGGAACCACCAAACAGAGUUGACUUCUCAAAUGGAACUGGAGCUGAAGUUGAAUGCCGAGCUAGAGGAAACCCCCAACCGGACAUUAUUUGGGUUCGUGGUGAUGGUACUGCUGUUGGAGAUGUUCCUGGAUUGAGACAGGUCCUACCGAACGGAAAUUUGGUCUUCCCUCCUUUCCGCGCAGAGGAUUAUCGUCAAGAGGUUCAUGCUCAGGUUUACAGCUGUCUCGCACGUUCUCCAGCCGGUUCAGUUCACAGCCGAGAUGUUAAUGUAAGAGCCGUGGUCGGGCAGUACUUUGAAGUUCAGGUUUACGACCAGUUCGCGAUACGCGGCAACGCGGCCAUUUUCAAAUGUCAAGUUCCUUCCUUCGUAGCAGACCACGUGGAUGUUGUAGGUUGGAUCGACUCGAAUGGCGGAAGUUACGUCGCCGAUGACCAGUCAUACGUUGUCGGGCAGCGGUAUGCAGUGAACGUGAUGGACGAACACGUUCUACGGGGGAACGCUGCUAUUAUCAAGUGUCACAUACCGAGCUUCGUCGCCGAAUUCGUGGAAGUCGACUCUUGGAUUGAAGACAAUACUACUGACAUUUAUCCUAGACCCGAUUAUGAUGGUAAAUACUUGGUUUUGCCUUCUGGAGAAUUACAUAUCAGAGAUGUUGGACCAGAAGACGGAUACAAGACUUAUCAAUGCCGUACGAAACACAGACUCACUGGAGAAACAAGAUUAUCUGCUACUAAGGGACGUCUCGUCAUUACCGAACCAGUCGCCAGUACAAAGCCCAAAUUCCCGAUGACAGAGAAUUCGCGUACCUAUACGACGUAUACAGUUUGUCGCAACGAAUCGCUGGCUUUACCAUGUCCGGCUCAAGCCUUUCCUGUUCCAGCCUUCAGAUGGUACAAGUUUAUCGAAGGUUCAUCCCGUCGUCAACCUGUUCAGCUGAAUGAUCGUGUUCGUCAGGUUAGCGGUACUCUGAUCAUUCGUGAGGCUCGUGUUGAAGAUUCUGGCAAAUAUCUUUGCAUCGUUAACAAUUCCGUUGGUGGUGAAAGCGUGGAAACUGUUUUGACCGUUACUGCACCGCUUGCCGCUGAAAUCGAACCCAGCACCCAGACAAUUGAUUUUGGAAGACCAGCUACCUUCACUUGCAACGUUAGAGGCAAUCCGAUUAAGACGAUCUCAUGGUUGAAAGAUGGAAAGCCACUUGGACUUGAAGAACCAGUACUCAGGAUUGAAAGUGUUAAGAAGGAAGAUAAGGGAAUGUAUCAAUGCUUCGUUAGAAAUGACCAAGAAAGUGCUCAAGCUACCGCUGAACUGAAACUUGGAGGAAGAUUCGAACCACCACAGAUCCGUCAAGCUUUUCCCGAGGAGACUCUUCAACCCGGACCCAGCAUGUUCCUAAAGUGUGUUGCCAGCGGAAAUCCUACACCUGAAAUCACCUGGGAACUCGAUGGAAAACGGUUAUCCAACACGGAAAGAGGACAAGUAGGACAAUACGUUACGGUCAACGGUGAUGUCGUCUCUCAUUUGAACAUCUCUAGCAUUCACACCAACGAUGGAGGUCUUUACAAGUGUAUUGCUGCAUCAAAGGUUGGCUCUGCUGAACAUUCUGCUCGUCUCAAUGUUUAUGGCUUACCAUUUAUUCGUCAUAUGGACAAGAAAGCUAUCGUUGCUGGUGAAACUCUACGUGUUACUUGCCCGGUUGCUGGUUAUCCCAUCGAAAGCAUUGUCUGGGAACGUGAUACCAGAGUACUUCCCAUUAACAGAAAGCAAAAGGUCUUCCCCAAUGGCACCCUUAUCAUUGAAAACGUCGAACGAAUGAGCGAUCAGGCUACGUACACAUGUGUUGCCAGAAAUGCACAAGGAUACAGCGCUCGAGGAACAUUGGAAGUUCAAGUUAUGGUUGCACCGCAGAUCUUUCCUUUUUCGUUUGGCGACGAACCGGUGAACUCGGGUGAGGCGAUAUCAGCUACCUGCUCCAUUCAAAAAGGAGACUUCCCGAUGGACAUUUCGUGGGCAUUCAACGGCGAGCCGAUAACCGACGAAUAUAGAGAUCAGUUUAUGAUAACGAAGAGUAAACGUCUAAGUGUACUACAAAUCGAUGCCGUUGCCGCAAGACAUGCGGGAGAAUUUACUUGCACAGUGUCAAACAAUGCCGGUGCUUCCAGUCACACGGCUGCUUUAGCCGUGAACGUAUCACCGCAGAUCGCACCCUUCUCGAUCGGGGAUGAACCGGCUAAUUGGGGAGAGCAGGUUUCGGCAAUUUGUAGUAUCGUCAAGGGUGAUUCACCGAUCGAUAUUCAUUGGAGCUUAAAAGGUGAACCGAUCACAGCUCGCACGCAUCCAGACAUAACGAUCCAGAAAACAGGCAAAAAGACAUCUCUGCUAACCAUCGACUCUGUAACCGCGCAUCAUGCCGGCGAGUACAGUUGCAUCGCGAGCAAUUUGGUUGGAACCGUCACUCGUUCGGCCGUUCUUUCGGUUAAUGUCGCACCGCAGAUAGGACAAAUAUCCUUUGGCGAGGAACCGGUUAACGCAGGUGACCUGGUCUCCGUGCAAUGCGUCGUUACCAAGGGCGACUCUCCUCUGGAGAUUACUUGGACAUUUGAUGGUCGUCCUAUAAAUCACGAUCGGAUGGAUGUGAUUGUAUCUAAUUCCGGAAAACGCGUGAAGCAAUUAACCAUCGAGUCCGUUGCUGCAAGACAUGCCGGGGAGUACACCUGUGUCGCAUCAAAUGUAGCUGGUUCAACGUCUCAUUCGGCCAAGUUGGACGUCAACGUACCACCUCGCUGGAUUCUGGAACCUACCGAUAAAGCUUUCGCACAAGGCUCCGAUGCACGCGUUGAAUGUAAAGCCGAUGGUUUCCCGAAGCCCCAGAUCACAUGGAAGAGAGCUGCUGGAGAUACGCCUGGUGAUUAUACCGACUUGAAACUGAGCAAUCCUGAUAUUAGUGUUGAAGAUGGAACUCUCUCGAUCAAUAACAUUCAAAAGACUAAUGAAGGUUAUUAUCUUUGCGAGGCUGUUAAUGGUAUCGGAGCUGGACUUUCUGCUGUGAUUCUCAUCUCUGUUCAAGCACCUCCCCAUUUUGAGAUCAAACUCAGAAAUCAAACUGCACGACGUGGCGAACCAGCUGUAUUACAAUGCGAGGCACAAGGCGAGAAACCAAUUGGCAUUUUAUGGAAUAUGAACAAUAAGAGACUUGACCCGAAAAGCGAUUCGCGUUAUACCAUCCGAGAAGAAAUUUUGGCUAAUGGUGUUCUGUCUGACCUUAGUAUCAAGAGAACUGAAAGGAGUGACUCGGCUUUGUUUACCUGUGUUGCAACGAAUGCUUUUGGAAGUGAUGAUACCAGCAUCAACAUGAUUGUUCAAGAGGUACCGGAAGUUCCUUAUGGUCUUAAAGUAUUGGAUAAGUCUGGACGUUCGGUUCAAUUGUCGUGGGCAGCUCCAUAUGACGGAAAUAGUCCCAUUAAACGAUACGUUAUCGAAUACAAAAUCAGCAAGGGCUCCUGGGAAACUGAUAUCGAUAGGGUACUUGUGCCUGGCUCUCAACAAAACGUUGCUGGUGUGUUCAAUCUUAGACCUGCCACGACUUAUCAUCUCCGAAUUGUUGCCGAAAACGAAAUUGGAACGUCUGACCCAUCUGACACUGUAACUAUCAUCACCGCCGAAGAAGCUCCAAGUGGCCCACCAACUUCUGUUAGAGUCGAUGCUCUUGAUCAACAUACUCUCAAGGUAACCUGGAAACCACCCCCACGCGAAGAUUGGAACGGCGAAAUUCUUGGCUAUUAUGUCGGCUACAGGCUUUCAUCCUCUGACAAACCAUACAUGUUUGAAACCGUUGAAUUUUCGAAGGAAGAUGGAAAAGAACAUCACUUGCAGAUCAUGAAUCUUAAGACCUACACCCAAUACAGCGUUGUUGUUCAAGCAUUCAAUAAAGUUGGUUCUGGACCGAUGAGCGAAGAACGAAGACAACACACGGCCGAAGGUGUACCCGAACAACCACCCCACGAUACGACUUGCACUACUCUCACUUCGCAAACUAUCAGAGUUUCAUGGAUGUCGCCUCCUCUUAUUGCUGCAAAUGGUGUUAUUACUGGCUACAAGGUUAUUUAUGGUCCAUCUGAUACUUGGUAUGAUGAAAAUACGAAAGAUACCAAGAUUACCUCUUCCAGCGAAACGAUUUUACACGGCUUGAAGAAAUAUACGAACUACAGUAUGCAAGUUUUGGCCUUUACCUCUGGUGGCGAUGGCGUGAAAUCUGCACCGAUCCACUGUCAAACUGAACAAGAUGCCCCCGAAGCUCCGAUCGCCGUUAAAGCUCUCGUCAUGUCUCCUGAAUCGAUUCUUGUUUCUUGGCGCCCACCAAAUCAACCAAAUGGAGUUAUUUCGCAAUAUACUAUUUAUACUAAAGCUGACAACGCAGAAGAACCAACUAGCCAAAAAGUUCCACCUAAUCAGUUAACUUACGAAGCCACUGGACUUGACAAACAACGAAGAUAUGAAUUCUGGGUAACUGCUAGCACGAACAUUGGCGAAGGAGAAGCUUCUAAGAUUGUAACAUUAGGACCAAGUGUACGAGUACCGGCCAAGAUUGCAUCGUUUGACGACAAAUUCACUGCGACUUACAAAGAAGAUGUAAAAUUACCCUGUCUUGCUGUUGGUGUACCGGCACCGGAAGUAAUAUGGAAAGUACGAGGCUCUGUUCUUCAACCCAGCGAUAGAUUGAGACAAUUACCCGAAGGAUCCUUGUUCAUCAAAGAAGUUGACCGUGCUGAUGCUGGAGAAUAUUCGUGUUAUGUUGAAAACUCUUUUGGACAUGAUACUGUUACUCAUCAACUCAUUGUUAAUGCUCCACCACACUCACCACAAGUUACUCUAACGGCCACGACUACCAAUUCGCUUACAAUGAAAUUGCGACCUCAUCCAACUGAUAAUGCACCUAUUCAUGGAUAUACGAUUCAUUACAAACCUGAAUUUGGUGACUGGGAAACCGUUCAGAUUAGUUCCACGGCACAAAAGUAUACUUUAGAAAACUUAUGGUGUGGCUCUCGAUAUCAGAUCUAUGUUACGGCUUACAAUAGUAUUGGAACUGGAGACCCAUCAGACAUUUUGAACACUCGUACCAAAGGAUCAAAACCUAUUAUUCCUGAAGCAGCAAGAUUUAUUGAAGUAUCUACUAACAGCAUUACCCUUCACUUAAGUGCUUGGUCUGACGGUGGUUGCCCCAUGUUGUACUUUGUCGUUGAACAUAAGAAGAAGCAUCAACAAGAAUGGAACCAAGUAUCUAAUAACGUUAAACCGGGCGGUAACUUCGUAGUUUUGGAUUUGGACCCUGCUAGCUGGUAUCAUCUUCGAGUUACGGCUCAUAACAAUGCCGGAUUUGCGGUAGCCGAAUAUGAAUUUGCAACUUUGACUGUAACUGGAGGCACCAUUGCACCGGCCCGCGAAUUACCGGACAUUAACGGUGGUGGCAACGAUGAAGAUCCAGUGAAAUUUUUCAUGGCUAACUUGAAUCUUGUCGUACCUGUGGUAGCCGCAGUUCUUGUUAUAAUCGUUGCCGUCAUCGUGAUCUGCGUUCUAAGAGGAAAGGGCCAUGGUAGUGAUAAAGACGACGUAGUAUAUCAACAAACCGGUGUUGGUGGCGCUACACUUGACAAACGCAGGCCUGAUCUCCGAGACGAAUUAGGAUACAUCGCACCCCCGAAUCGCAAACUUCCACCUGUUCCUGGCUCCAACUAUAACACCUGUGAUCGCAUCAAGCGAGGUACAGUGAUAAGUGCGACAGGUUCGUUGAGAAGCCACUCAACGUGGGAUCCAAGGAGGCACAUGUAUGAGGAAUUAAAUCAUUGUGCACCCAGCAGAAGGUGUCCACCCCCACCGCGUAUGGGCAGUUCGGAGGGUCUUUCUCACAGAGGCAUGGAGGAUGAGAUCUGCCCGUACGCCACUUUCCACUUAUUAGGAUUCCGUGAAGAAAUGGACCCAAGCAAGGCUAUGCAAUUCCAAACUUUCCCUCACCAAGGUAAUGGACAUUCCGGAACUAUGGGACCACCAGUUGGACAUCCGACUAAUGCUUCUGCUCACAGUCGCUCUGGAUCUCAAUCUAUGCCUCGUCAAAAUGGUCGUUACUCUAGAGUACCAUCCCAAGGAGGUGGCAGCGGAACUCAUGUCUUCUCUCCUGAAUACGACGACCCUGCUAAUUGCGCUCCCGAAGAAGAUCAAUACGGCUCUCAAUAUGGACAAUACGGUGCUCCUUACGAUCACUAUGGCUCUCGUGGAUCAGUCGGCCGUCGUAGCGUUGGAUCUGCUCGCAAUUUACCAAGCUCUGGAUCGCCCGAACCACCUCCACCACCACCAAGGAAUCACGAUCAGAAUAACUCGAGUUUCAACGACAGCAAGGAAAGCAACGAAAUCAGCGAAGCAGAAUGUGACCGUGAUCAACUUGUCAACCGCAACUAUGGCGUGAAUGCUCGCGGCAAGGACGGCAUGACCACCGAGGAGAUGCGUAAACUCAUAGAGAGGAAGCCAAACGAAGCCCCCGGCCGGCAAACCGGCAGCCCCCACGGCGGUCACGGGGGACUCCUCACACCCUACGAUACUGUGGCAGUGUAACCUGUAAAUCCAUCAUCAUCCAUGGUUUUCCGAUUCUCUCGUUGACUGCGACCGAAGACUCGAGAGAUACGGAAACAAAGCGCACGCUAACUCUUCCCCCGGUGCUGUCGUCGGUCCAAUUUGCAACGAUUUUAAUGAUUUUAAAAAAAAAAAAAGGAAAAAAAAAUGAAAAAAAAGAAAAAAAAAAUUACAAAAUAACAUCGUCGCGAAUAGAUUCUAGAAUUCGAUGAAUUAAAUUUUUAAAAGGGUUGUGCACACGUUUUAUCAGAUGUAUGUAUAUACGUACGAGACAACGAGCAUCGUCCUCGCGACGAAGAUUACCUCCUUCGUCUAUCUAUGACCAUAUCUCGAAUGACUUUUAUAUCCCCGUCGGCCUUAUCUUUUUAUAUCUUAUUUCUAAUAUUCUUUUCCUUAUUCUUUUUUAUCAUUAUUUAGUAGCAUUGACGUUUAAUUCUAGCUCAUUAUUUAAUCAAAGGCCAGACUCUAAACUGCCUCUAUAAUUAACUGCCUAACGAGGACGAAGGAGGUCGAAUGGUCGACGGCUAGAAAUGAAAAUAAUAACAAUCGAUUAGAGAGUUCUUAAGAUAUAAAUUGUCUCUUCUCGGAUCUCAGGCGAUUCGUGACACCCGGCACAGGUUCGCGGACGCUCUCGUACGACAGCGAAACAUAACGAAAUAACCAAUAAGGCAAUAGCAUACAACAAAAAUAUAAAUCAACAAAUAUGACAAAAAAAUAAAAUUAAAAUUAAAAUUUAAAAAAAAAAAAAGAAAAAAAAAACAGACAAAAGAUCGUGAGAAGAAGAAGAAGAAGAAAAGAGAAGCGUGCUCUCGGCGACGGUUCAUUUUCCGGGGGUUUUACGCGGGAAAUCCUAGAUUAAAAGUCAAGUCUCGUCCUAUUGGACGCGUCGGGACGAUAACAUGAGAUUAGUUACUCGCUUUUAAGUCAUGGUUGUGCCACACUGCCGCUACCCGCAGGCAUAUAUACAUAUAUACGUUACAUAUGUACGUACAUAACAUAUAACGGAUAUAUACAUAAUAUACGAUUUAUAAUUUCGUAACGAAGGUUGUGUCCCCCCGGGGGUCGAAGAUGUAUCGAGUCUCAAUGUCGCGGAGAGCAAGUGUAGAGAUUGUCGUGUCGUGUCGUCGUCGUCGUCGUCGUCGUCGUCGUCGUCGUCGUCGUAGUCGUCCGUUGAACAAAAACGAUGAGAACCAAAUAUGAAAGAAAUCUAAAUUCAAAACUCUCGCCGAUAGACUUAUCCGAAGGAAGAACGCGGCACGCCAUCGGAAAAAAUAAUUAAAAUUAAAAAUAUAUAUAAAAAAAAAAAAAAAAA